CUGUCUCAGUAGUCUCUCACUUUUCUUCUUUACUCUGCUGAAAGAAAAAAAAUCUAGAGAGAGAGAGAGAUGGUCCACAUCUGAUAUCAGAACACCAAAAUCUCCAUUUCGAAUUCGAUAAUCUAUCCGAUUCCUCGGAUUUUCUUUUGGGUUUCUGGAAAAAAGUUUUGGGUUCUUGGAAAAAGCUAGAUUUUUUGGUUUUUCUUCAGUCUCUCUGUCUCUCUGUUUCUCUCUCUAGAGUUACGGUGAAUGCUGGUGGCGGAUAUGGAGACGCUGUCAAUGGAUAGUCUGCCACUGGGGUUCAGAUUUCGGCCGACGGACGAGGAGUUGAUUGAUUAUUAUUUGAGGUCGAAAAUCAAUGGCAAUCAUGGACAAGUGGCUGUUAUUCGUGAGAUUGAUGUUUGCAAAUGGGAGCCCUGGGAUUUGCCUGAUUUAUCAGUGAUACAGACAACCGAUCCGCAAUGGUUCUUCUUCUGUCCACAGGACAGGAAGUACCCAAAUGGGCACAGGUUGAACAGGGCUACAAUUAAAGGGUAUUGGAAGGCCACCGGAAAAGAUCGUCAAAUCAAGUCGGACAAAAUCUUGAUUGGAAUGAAAAAGACAUUGGUCUUCCAUACCGGGCGUGCUCCCAAGGGUAAGAGGACGAAUUGGGUUAUGCACGAGUAUCGUACGACACAGAAGGAGCUUGAUGGCACAAAUCCUGGUCAGAGUUCCUUUGUCCUUUGUCGCUUGUUUAAAAAACAAGAUGAGACUAUCGAAGAUUUAAACUUUGAUGAAGCUGAACCUACUGUUUCAUCCUCCACCGCUGCCCUAUCUUCUCCUCAAGACGUACAGUCUGAUCAUGCACCGCUUCCAACAUCACCAUCUCUUGAAAGGCAAGAUGAAAGGCCUCUUACCAAAGUCGAAUGCACCUCUGCUGAUAAUUGUAAUGCGAUGGGAUCAGACACUCUACCGCCUCUACCACCUAUUGAGUUCCCUAGCAACAACUGUAAUGGUUAUGAUGCAGAAGAUGAACUGAAUAUGCCGCUGGGGGGAUUAGACAUGUUUUAUGAUCCCCCACAAGAGCCACUUUUUUCCCCAUUGCACUCGCAGAUGCACGCAGAGCUCGGUUACUAUGGCAGGAAUGACUUUAGCGAUGGUCAUCAGGGGGUGAAGUUUCCAUAUGGAACCAAUGAGCAAGAAACAUAUGUAUCUGAGUUCUUGAGCUCAAUUUUCAACAGUUCAGGGGAGCAGAUUGAUGUCGAUGGAAGAGCAGCUGAAUUACCGUUCGAGACAGAGCUUCAAAAUCCUGUUCAGCCUGAGGGGAAUAUUGACAGAAAUGGUCCAUUGAUGUCAAUUCCAGAAAAUUAUGGCCAAUCCUCAAGGUCUGAGGUAACAAGCAAUCAUUUGAAUGCAAUUAUCAGUUGCGAUGCUGCUCAUUUGAAUGCAAUUAUCAGUCGCGAUGCUGGACCUGGAAUCAGGCUUAGGGCUCGCCAAACACAAAAUCCGACUAGCGCAGAGAGCUUUGUGACACAAGGUGAUGCGAAUAGAAGAUUAAUACUUGAGACUACAUUUCUGCAACUCCAAUGCAGCAGUAGACCAGAAGACAAUGAAAUAAAACCAAUAGCCAUGGAGGAGAUAAGCAAUAACAAAAAGAAACCUAUUGGUGCUGUUGCCACUGAUGGUAUUAGUGCUGACAUUGAUCUAUCAGAAAAAGGAACCGUGCCCACAAGACCAAACUUGACUACGGAGGGCAGAAUUGUUACCGGCAAAAGGGUGCCUUCUCUGUUGUUGAAGGCCUCUCCUGCCGGUCAAUCUAUGUGGUCCUUUGCCUUUCUCUUUAGGGUAGUUGUGGUUGCAUGCUGCUUCAUAAUCUUGCUAGCUUAUAGGGAUUUCAUUAGUUUUGAAGCCGUCGGAAGACCUUUCGCGGCCUAGCAUACUGCCUAAACACCACUUUUAGGGGGUUGUUUAAUUUUUGUGAGGCUAAACACAGCAUAGAUUUUACAGGUUGAGAGCCCUCGUGUGAUUAUGUACAGCAGCUAACAAUUUUGAGGGUUUUCCAUAAAUAAAACUAUGAACUUUUAGUUGAGCUGCAA